AUGAAUAAUAAGACAUCUCAUUUGGAUUAGAUAAUUAGUAAAAUACAGAGAUAAUCGUAGAAGAACUUGCAUCGUUCCAGUCCUAAUCUAUCAAUUACCAAAACCAAUAACUACCAUUACUCUCAAUUACACUAGAGAUUAGUGAGUUCUGUGUGUUAAGGAUUGCAUUCACCUAAUCAAAAUAGUGUCGUCUCGACUAUCAAAGAAAAAAUAGCCAAAAGAAUUCGUUAAUAUAACACAUGCGAAGAUGCUUCAAGCUUUUAAGAUUUGAAAAAUAUGUAAGAGUAUUGCUCAUUAAAGUAAAGUACUUGAGUCUAGUUUAGCAAAUGAAUGUGCCAAUUACAACGAAUUCACUUUCUCUUCAUUUCUACAAAUUCUUGAUAGAAUGGAACAACGAGAACAGCCCCUAAAAAUAGUUCUCUUUUCUGAAUUAAAAAAAAGUUUUUUACUGUUGGCAAACAAAAUUCAAUCUGAUAUUGAUACUCUGUCUUAACAUGUUCUAAAUCUAAUUUAAGAGUUGGAAACUAAAAAUUAAGAAUUGCAAAAAUAAAAAUGUCCAAUUCAAUUAUAACACAGAACCAGAAGCGAAGACUUUUAACAUAUUUUAAAUACUUUGAGAUUAAAAAAAAAAGAUUAAUAAAAAAUUAUUGGAUUAUAAAAAUAAAUAUAAUUUUAGGAUAAUGUGGAGACUUGUAAAGUUAAACAUGAUUUGAAUGAAGCAGUAUACGAAGAACAGAUUAGAUAUAGUUCUGAAGAGGACUCCUUCCCAUUUGGUAAAUAUGUUAAUUUACUCAUAGUCGAUCCUUCAACAUUAAAUUAACCAAUUUAUAAAAAAGGUCUAUCUCUCAAUCUAAAGCCUAUUAAAAACAAAGUGCUUAAAGGUUACUAAGAUGAAUUUAUGGCUUAAAUGAAUGAAUUCAGCGAAAGUUGGCGGUAACAAGCAUUAAUAGAGAAAAGAUUUUGA